UCUCCAUGUCCGACGGGCUAUGACAACGUCACUUAUACUUCGCCCGCGCUGGAUUGACCCGAUCAUGUUUCUCUAUGAUAACGGCGGUGGUCUGGACGAAUCUGGAAAAAACAUGGACGGGUUCACGGGGGGUAACUUCUCUCCGAGUCCUUGCAGGAAUUUGAUGGCUCAUCCUGGCUGUCUUGCGCCCAGCGCUGCGUAUCCGUCAAGCGAAGUAGCUGCAGCAGGAGCGGGUGAGCCUGGCAAGCAAUGCAGCCCCUGUUCAGCCGUUCAGGGAUCGGCCAGCGCUUCACUUUCCUACGGGUAUUUCGGUGGUGGAGGAUAUUACCCUUGCCGAAUGUCACACCAUCACGGGGGCAGUGGCGGUGUUAAAACAUGUGCCCAGUCCCCCGCGUGUGCCUCGCCGUACGGGGAAAAAUUCAUGGACACGUCUGCUUCAACAGGCGAAGAUUACACCACCUCGCGCGCCAAAGAGUUUGCCUUCUAUUCAAGCUACGCCUCGAACCCGUACCAGCCAGUUUCAAGUUACCUGGAUGUCCCUGUGGUCCAGGCAAUGAGCGGGCCUGCAGAGCCGCGGCACGAGACCCUAUUACCUAUAGAGAGUUACCAACCUUGGGCUAUCACGGCCAGUAGCUGGAACGGACAGGUCUACUGCACCAAAGAACAGCCACAGACGGGACAUAUAUGGAAGUCGCCUGUACCAGAAGCAGUAUCUCACGGAGGAUCAGACGGCAGCUCUUAUCGACGUGGGAGAAAGAAACGCGUUCCAUACACCAAGGUUCAGCUAAAGGAACUUGAACGCGAAUAUGCCACCAACAAGUUUAUCACCAAAGACAAACGCAGACGGAUAUCCACUCAGACCAAUCUGUCUGAACGACAGGUUACUAUCUGGUUCCAGAACCGACGGGUAAAGGAGAAAAAGGUCGUCAAUAAAUUAAAAACCAGCAGUUAGCUUUGCUCUGGGUAAAUUGGGGGACAAUGAUCGCCCACACACUCAAAUAUGUGUUUCAGAGUUAUGAAAUAAUAGACGUUUAUUAGACGAAUAUUUGUUUCUCCUGGACUACUGCUCUGAAGUGAACACUUUGGAUCGGACAAGGUUGAAUGGUGACGCGGUGCGUCAUUUGGACGCCGCACCAGGUGUUGGCGAAAACUGUAUGGCCAUAUUCCCAACUCAGGACAAAAAGGGCCGACAUAUACCUGUUGUGUUGUGAUUAUUUACUAUAGCAAUAUCUAUGGCAAAGUACUUUGGAUUUUGAAUUUACGCUCCUGUAACUCUUUAUUAGCGUGGUUUGAGUCGAUUCAGUCUUCAAUGACGUCCAGUGUCAGUUUAUUUGAAAUGUAAUUAAAAUAUCAGUUUUUCUUCGCCUCAUGCUGGAUAAUAUGAGGUAUGGACCCAGAUGUUUAUCA